AUGAACGCUGAGUUCUCCUUUUCGCUCUUCUUCGGCGCAAUAUUCUUGGUAGCCGGACAAUAUGGCUUCUACGAACAUCCAUAUGGUGGAUACGGUUUUCACGAACCACACUUCGGCGGAUAUGGACCCUUCUAUGGACAUGGACCCUACGGCGGACAUGGACCUUACGGUGGAUAUGGUGGACCAUUCUACGGUAACCAGCAAUUACGCCAUCCCGUAGAAGGUGCUAUUCGCGGAGCUAUUACUGGAGCUCUACUUGGUGGUCUCUCUGGCCGAUAA